UUAGAAUUGUCCGUCCAUUACCUUCGUGUCUUCCUAUCAAAAAUUUUCCCCUUUUGCAGGAUAAGGAGGAAUCAGAAAUGCCAGCCCUCAAAAUUUUUUACCCCUCCAGAUUCUUGAAAUCUUAGAACUCUCAAAAACCCUAAACACAGAACAUUCCCCUAAACAAUAAAAAAUAAAAAAAGGCGAACAACAUUGUAAUCCUCGAGAAAAGAUUAUUGUUUGCAGCCUUGAUAAUACUAAAACAUUCAGCUGCUGAGAAGGCUGCAUGAGUAGUCAUCAAGAGCAAAAGCAGAGGUGCUUCAAGGCAGUGUUCUUGGAGACUCAGACUAUCUUCAGGAAUCAAGAAAGAGUGGAACAAUCAUGGGUGUGGUUGUCAUUGCCAAUCCUCAGCCUCAUUUUUCAUGUUCGACUUUCAGCUUCAGUAUUCGCCAAGCUCCUCAUCCGAAGUCGUCUUGUCUUAGAAUACGCCCUGGCUUCUCUUCUCGUCGAUGGUUGAACUGCCCCAGAUUAAUCCCGUCUAGGCUUGAGCAUUUUCAUCCAAAGUGUUCAGCAACAGAAACUGAUGUUUUUAAUCAGCUUGCCGCUGAGGAAGAAAUUUCAGAAGAUCUCACAGCUUCUGAGUCAAACUGUUCUGUUCAAAUUGUCCAUCUCAAAUCUGAUGUCUUGGAGACUGAAGCACUCAAUUUAUUGGCUGAGGGCACUUUUGUAGACACGCUUUUGACAGCAUUGCCUGUUUUGUCAGAGGAAGAGCAGAAUAUCAUAGCUGCAACUCCAGCUCAUCCCGCAGGAUUGUAUGCUCUGUAUGCUAAUUGCUUGGCUGGGAAUGUGGUGGAACAGCUCUGGAGUUUUGCCUGGCCUGCUUCCAUUGCUUUGCUCCAUCCAAGUCUUCUUCCUGUUGCUGUGAUUGGUUUUUUCAGUAAGCUUGCAGUGAUUGUUGGAGGUCCGUUAGUUGGAAAGCUCAUGGAUCAUUUUCCCAGAAUACCUGCAUAUAACUAUUUGACAAUUGCUCAGGCAGCUGCUCAGUUGUUGUCUAUAGGAAUGAUUAUUUUUGCUCACACUAUUUGUCCCACAUCAACAUCAUCUAUUCUUCUCCGGCCUUGGUUUGUUAUACUUGUCACGGCUGGGGCAGCAGAGAGAUUAUCUGGAUUGGCCUUGGGAGUUGCAAUGGAGCGUGACUGGGUUGUUCUGUUAGCAGGAACUAAUCGGCCAAUUGCUCUUGCGCAAGCUAAUGCUAUCAUUAGCCGAAUUGAUCUCCUUUGCGAGAUUGCAGGAGCUUCAGUAUUUGGUAUUCUUCUGUCUAAAUAUCCUCUGGUUGCCUGCUUAAAGCUUGCUGCUGGUUUGAUUAUAUCUGCUCUGCCGAUUACGGUGUUCCUCACAUGGUUAACCAACAAGCUAUCUGCUGGUGUUCUUGAACGCCCUAAACCUCCAAGUUGUGGCCGAAAUUCUAGUAUUGAAUCUUUGACAGAUGAUGAGAAUAUAGUGUACAAGAGUUUGCAAGCUAUCAAGCAUGGAUUGGUUGAAUACUUGAAGCAACCUGUUCUUCCAGCUAGCCUAGCAUAUGUGCUACUCUGCUUCAAUGGUGUUCUUGCUCCCAGUGAAUUAAUGACAGCAUUCUUAACUCAGCAAGGUUUAAAUCCAUCUAUUAUUGGAGGCUUCAGUGGGUUAUGUGCUUUUAUGGGGGUAGCAGCAACUUUUGUUUCAGCAAGCCUGGUCAAGCGAUUGGGCAUUUUGAAGGCUGGAGCUGCUGGACUGAUUUUUCAAGCUUGUCUUCUUACCAUAGCAAUUGCUGCUUAUUGGACUGGAUCUAUUUCUCAGCAGACACCACUUCUUUUCUUCUUAUUUAUGAUUGUAACAUUGGGAAGGCUUUGUAACACAUUUCUUUGGGAUAAUUCUAUUGAGGCUAAGAGGGUUCACAAGGCAUCAUGGGAGAAAGCUUGCUUUCCAGUAGAAGAAAGAGGGUUGGGUGUCUGCUCAUUUGACACAAUGGCAAAGGCAUUUUCCUGCAAACUUUGGUGGAAGUUGAGGGAAAAUGAGUCUGUUUGGGCGAAGUUUAUGCACAGUAAGUAUGUAAAAGGAGCUCAUCCCUUUCUAGUUAUGAUUGAUCGGCUGCCAACUUUAUGGUGUCGCUUGUUGGAGAUUAGGGAAGUCGCCGAAGGGAGCAUUCAUUGGUGCUUGGGCGAGGGGCUUGUGAACCUUUGGAAUGAUAAGUGGUGUACUGAUGUCCCCCUUGCUAGGCUGGUGCCAGCAAAUAGGGACCAGUUGAUACAGGCUGCAUCAUCUACAGGGGUUUUCUCAAUAUCCUCAGCUUGGGAGCAGAUUCAUUUGAAAAAGAAUUUGUCGACUGUUGAUUCGUUGUUUGGUAAGAUUAAGAGGAGAACAGUCCAACCUCAAGUUGUUACUUGGGUGAAGCCUCCAGUGCACUCUAUCAAGUUGAAUACAGAUGCAAGUGUUUCUAUGAGGGGCACUUUUGGUGGUGGUUUAGUUUGUUCGACAGAAGGCAAUUUGGUCUUUGUAUUUUACAAAGAGUUUGAGGACUACGAUGUUAUUACAGCAAAAGCUAUGGCAUUGUUGGCUGGUUCUUCACGUUGGCCCUUAUGUAGCAUUGUUCGGCAUAUUCGAUUGCCAGUGGCGGAGUUAGGGGUCUCUUUGGUCCAUACCUUCAGGAAGGCAAAUGGGGUUGUGGAUGCUCUAGCAUCGUUGAAGCUGCGAUUAGAUGUCAUUUUUUCGUCAGAGAAGGCCCUUCCGCCCAAGGUUCGGUCUGCACUGUAG